AUGCUUUUCCGUAAGGCGGCCGAUGGUGGCCGGCUGUCGUUAACUGCCUCACUGCCCCCUCCUCCACGGUACCGGUCGGAGGACGCGACGGAGGUGCUGGUCGGGGCACCCACUCUGUCACGGGUGAAGAAAGAGAAGCGUACAGAGAAGACGACGUUCUCCAGCAGCGACCGCAGGAGGGCUCCAGGGCUCCAGCCAGCCGCGCCUCGGCACGAGUGGCAAUUAGGGCGGCGCGGCGGCCCUCCAGAGCUGCCCGGCAAAGAGUGGGCGAGAGGGCGGUGGGGUGAGGGCCGUGCUGCCUGCUGCCUGCUGUCUGCUGACUCUGAGGGCACUGGGCCCGAGUCUGAAGGGACAGUUGGCACUGGUGUCCGCAAACAGCGGUCGCCGUUUAACCCCACCGACUCCCUACCAGCGCUGGAGCCGGCGUGGGCCGCGCCCCUUCCAGAACCCCUCCGACUCCCUACCAGCGCUGGAGCCGGCGUGGGCCGCGCCCCUUCCAGAACCCCACCGAAUCCCUACCAGUGCUGGAGCCGGCGUAGGCCGCGACCCUUCCAGAACCCCAUCGACUCCCUACCAGCGCUGGAGCCGGCGUGGGCCGCGCCCCUUCCAGAACCCCACCGACUCCCUACCAGUGCUGGAGCCGGCGUGGGCCGCGCCCCUUCCAGAACCCCACUGACUCCCUACCAGCGCUGGCGUGGGCCGCGCCCCUUCCAGAACCCCACCGACUCCCUACCAGCGCUGGAGUCGGCGUGGGCCGCGCCCCUUCCAGAACCCCACCGACUCCCUACCAGCGCUGGAGCCGGCGUGGGCCGCGCCCCUUCCAGAACCCCACCGACUCCCUACCAGCGCUGGAGCCGGCGUGGGCCGCGCCCCUUCCAGAACCCCACCGACUCCCUACCAGUGCUGGAGCAGGCGUGGGCCGCGCCCCUUCCAGAACCCCACCGACUCCCUACCAGCGCUGGAGUCGGCGUGGGCCGCGCCCCUUCCAGAACCCCACCGACUCCCUACCAGCGCUGGAGCCGGCUAUAG